AUGAAAGAUCCAAUCCUUUUGAAAAAUAAGAAAGAGCUCCUGUGCAUAGCAAGACAAAAUAUUGACAACUCCGGCUUCCAAUAUAAAAAGGGGAAAUCAAGGUCAACCAUGUUUGCAACUCCAGAUUCUUCAACAUGUGGUAGCACAAAGAAAAAUGUCACCCGCAAUCUUUGCGAGAAGCGUCUUGAACAAUUGCGAGAAGAUUUAAAAGAAGUUGAUCUGCAGAUAAGCUUUUCUUUGCAGCAAAGAGAUAAUUGUUCAAAUGUCCACAAUUUUAGCAAAGCAGUAAAAGUUUUGCAGCAAGUUGACGACCUCCGAAAGAAAAAAAAGAAAAUACCAAUCUGAAUUAUAUUUGCUUCAUAGUAAAGAGGCAGCAAGUAAGAGGGUAAAAAAGUGCAUUAGCAAGAAGAAGAGAUCCUCAACACCCCAUACCUUACACCAGUUCCUGAAUAACGCAGUCGCCCUACCACCUGUUCAGAUCCAGCUAUCAGAAAGCGAGUAUCAUGAAGAUGAAGUUCCUCCAGAUAUUGAAGUUGCUGAAGAUAUUGAAGUCAAUUCUCUGAAGAGUGACGAAGUACACGUUGUACUUGAAGAAGAUUCCUGUAGAUCCGAUGAAUCGCUGCCAAUGAACUGCAGCCUGCCAUUAGACCAGCCAACCUGCGUACCUGAAGAAAAUGCAAAUUUUUUAAGAGAACCACCAGUGAAGAACAGCUAG